AUGUAUCAUCUGGAAAGAAAAACACUGGAACUUCAAAACUACCAGAAAGAAAUAUGCCAAGUACAUCACUUCGAGGUGGGCACACUGCUUCACUACAAUUACCCGAUCAAAGUUUUUCAAGUCACAUCCAAACUAGACCACAACGUCAAGAAAGUCAUCAAAGCUUAUUACAAAGACAGCACUUAUGAUGAUAAAAAAAUCGUAAAGCAUUUCUUAUCUGAAGUUGCAGUACUCGCCACGAUCCACCAUCCUUUUAUCAUGAGCAUGGAUUUCAUGGGAUCCUUUCCUCGGUACUUCGCUUAUGUGAUGCCAUUCUACGAAGAUGGCACUCUGACCAAGGUACUGCCUUCCAUUCAUCAGGAGAUGAGUGAUGAAUACUUUGUGCAGCUGUGUGCAGCAGUUAACUAUCUCCAUAACAAAAAAGUUGCUCACAGAGACUUGAAAACGGACAACAUUUUGAUCACAGAAAAGAAAAUUCUCAUUGCUGAUUUCGGUUUAUCGGAUAUCUUGCCCACUGAGGAUACAAUGGCGACCAAAAGAAAAGGAACUGUCGUGUACAUGUCCCCAGAACAGUUUUUAAAGAGGCCAUUUGACCCUUUUAAAUGUGACAUGUUCGCUCUUGGGGUAGUGUACUGGUGUAUGGUUUUCAAAGUGAAUGUUUUGAAUCAAGACACCAUGGAACCAAUGAUGGAAACAGUCAGAACUAAGUUGUCGCCUACUAGUAUAGACAGACUCAUUUUGACCAAUCUUUUAGAAUAUCAACCUGAAGAAAGAUUGUCCAUCUUUGAACUCAUCUUCUUGAUGGAGGAAUCUUGUUUCUCACACAGGAUAGCCAAACUUAAAGGUGUCCAAAAAGAAUUUAAAGGUUUGAAAAAUAAUUUGUUAGGUUGA